AAGAUUGAUUAAAUUAAUUAAUCCAUAAUUUUUCCCGAUUUAAAUAUUUACUAUUCUCUGUUAAUACUAAUUGAUUAUAACAAAAGUCCAAGACGGAGUACGUAAUAUUGUACAUUAACAAAUAUAAAAUAUUUAGUCAAUGCCAGUGUUUGGUGAUGUAGAGUAAACAUUACUCGAUAUUCUACUUCGUAAUACAAAAGAGUUUUAUUUGAAAAAUAAUCUUCAUAAACAAGUGUAAGUGUGAAAAUGACCUCGUCCAUUAAAUAAAAUACAGACAUAACAUAAAAAACCAUGUCAAGGAUCACAUCUUUGAUGUUUUCUGAUUCAAAACAUUCAUAUAACAAGGAAGUCCACCAUUCUUAUAAAGUUUUUCGACUAGCUGAAGGAAUUCAUACUAAAAAUGUCAAAUUUUUUAAACACUGAUAGACGUAAAAAUGUACUCGAAGGAACAAAGGAAGACGAAUUCAAGUGACAAAAGAAUUCGUACAUGUAAUCGAGAUUUAAAAGUCACUUUCCCAUAUGGUUAUGCAUUUUUUAUCCAGAAAAAUGUAUCCAAAUAUUAAUCUUCCUCCUAAAAAGCACGGGUAAAUCACAGAACAGCAAAAAGGUACAUCGCGAUGUUCUCGCUUUUGUGUAGGUUAAACAUCUUGUCGCCGAUGUCUGUCAAUGAAAUAACGUGUUCUGCAUUAAUCAAAUCGAAUACUGAAAUGCUAUUUCCAAUAAGCGUAAGCGUAACUGGUAACGGGAAAAAAAGAAAUUGGAACACAGGAUAUCGCUGUUGGAGCGACAAAGUUUGUUUCAGUGAUAUUUCAAGAUACGAGUUGUCAAAGAGAAAAUUGUCCGUAAUAAAUGAAGAAAGGAACAAGUACGUGAGUUGUGAAAUGUAUCGCUAUAAAAUGAAGAGGCACAAUGAAAGAAGUGCUUUCUUGGUCAACAGUGGAUCGUCGAUCCUUUUGCAGUUCUGUUUGGCGCCAAUCUACCAUUCUUGGAAGUUCUCCAAGGAAUUUUGUCCUUCGACGGAAUACCAUAGUUUAUCCAUGCAGAAGUUGUCGAAUUCGAUGUUAAAGUUUUAUUCUUUCACGGAAAAUCCAUCUUCCUGUAAAAACUUACGGAAGUCUAAAGAUUUGUUCAAAACAGUAUUUUGUUCCCAGAACAUUCGUAACUAUUCCUCUUGCAAAGAACCUCCUUGCAAUAAAAGUCAGCUGAAGUCAGACGAUUGCGAUAAAACAACAAGAUGUUCCACGGAACAAGAUGUUUCCAAUGAUUCAAAAUUUAACGAAGGCAUGAAAGGAUGUUCUCAACUUUCGAGAAAAUGUCAACCACCCAUUGAGGAUAUUUUUGACGAGUAUACCCCUCCUUGUUCAGACAUAGAAGAUUACUGUCCUAAAGUGGCCUAUCAAGAUACAUUUUUGAAAUUGAUAACUACCAUCGGGCUGAUCCUGCUGAUAAGCAUGUCAUGUUACGUUUACACCAAGGUAAAAGAAUCGGGAAAACAACCGAGGCCUGACUUCAUUGAUGUUCCUUAUAUGCGAAGAAUAACUAAGCCUUUUCCAUGGGGCGAUGGGCACCACACCUUGUUCCAUAAUCCCGUGAGAAAUCCAAUAUCUCCACAUGGUUACGAGGUAGAAGAUCCAAACGUUAAAAAACCAGCCAAACCAAAGAACAGAGAAAAUGUUUAACUUAGAAGGCAGAAAAAAAGAGAAGACAUAAAAAAGAUUUUCAUAUUUUGUGACGAUUCGCCAUUCGAAACAUUGGCUCGAAAAAUACAGUCGAAAAAUACGUCGACAAACGUGCAUUUGCAAGCUUACGCUAACAAUAAGAGUAUUUAAAUAUUUCGUGGUUUAUCAUAACGAAUAAAAAAAAGACCUUGAAAAUUACAUUACAAUUUUUCAAAUGA